UCUGGGUGUAUUCGUGGAGGUUUACGGGUAGUCAGAAGACGCCAGGGGUCAUGUAGUCGGCAUUCUCGACUAACUCAGUUUCGGUGUGAUCGGGAAGGCAACCGGUGUGACAUAUUCACCUGAGGGCACGAUCCUGGUGCAUACCAGCGUCAACAAACAACUCCUUGUAAACAGUGGAUAUCCACGCUCAUUUCUUCUGUUCAUGGAAAAAGUCCCGCCUUUUAUUUCGUGCAUUAUGGUGCACUUACUACAGCACUGGUGAAAUCCUUCUUCGUGCUCACUUUUAUCCUUCGAUUGUCAAGCAGGGUCACGUUCCGUGUCAAACCUGGCUGCGCCGCGGCCCGGGCAACCCAGAACACGCACUCGCUUUUUCCUCCUCUGCGUGGCACGCUUGACAUCUCGUGCAUGUUUUUAGAGGCGUGCUGAGCCGUAGUAUCACUCGUAAUCCUAUUCCAUGUGGCAUGAAGACCACGACAAAGACCCUCCAACACAAUCCUCCGGUGGCCUUUCGGCAAUAUACUUUGGUCCUAUCUUCGAGGACCACAAACUCCUUUCCAUUUCUUGCAACAUAACGCGUGCAAGAUGAAACGGCAGGCGCUCCAUGCCGCGCUGCUGACACUCCGUGUAGCCGGGGUGGAGCCCUGCGCCGCGUCUGAUUCCAGUGGACAGGAAACUGAACCGGACUUCACUGUAACCAUUGGAUCCAGAGGCGUGGAGGAAACUAGUCGGGAGGUUUUUUCUCUCGGACCUUCUGCAACUUUCCGUGUGGUUGACGAGAGCAACAAAGCGGUUUUCAUGCCGGAAUCGAGCACCACUGAGGACGAUUACACAUCACGGUUCAGGGUCGCGUAUGCGUUCGAGAAUGGGCGCUGCAAUUUCACAAAAACUCUGGCGUAGAGACGCGUUUCCCGGCUAUUCGCGUCCAUUAUGGAUGCGCUCCUCAGCUCACGUAGGGAGGGGCGAGGAAGUGCCUGCUGGAACAGUUGCGAACUACACGCUUUCAAAUCUUCCGGCUGACUCUAUGAGUGAAGGGUUAAGUCUCUGCGUGCGGUUCAUGACAUCCGCCGCAGCGACAACGUCGACCACGGCCAAGUCCCCGACAGCAGCGGUGGAUUCCACCACAAUGCCCUCAGAGUCCACUGAGGGCUCUUCAACCGGCCCCGCUGCCAGUAGCGGCUCGACGUCUCUGUCCGGUGGCGGUUCAGACUCGUCUACUGACCCAAGUAGACCACUGCAGCCAUCGCCAGAGCUGCAACCACCGAAACAAGCGCAACUCGCUCCACAACAGCAACCCCCGGAAGCGCCGCAGAAACCGGCGCCAUCGAAAUCCCCGGCAUCAUCGCGGCCCAAAGAGAAACUUCCACCAACAUUGCCCGACGACGGCCUAAAAGGAGACGAAGGUGAGGAUCCCGGAGAAGCCGGUGAAGAAGGCGUCCAAGGCGAAUUCACUCAUGGCGGCGCUUCUCAGGAUGAGACUGACGCUCUUGAGAAACAGGAGGAGUUACAUCCGGUACCCGCUGACAACGCUAUUAAUGAGCCGCGCUCCUCGAUUGUCGGCUCCCCCCAAAACCACACAACACCUAACAUCAACACCGAAGCUGCUGAACAGGGAAACAGCACCGCCGCCUCCGUUGAGAAAGAACAUCAGCCUCUUCAACCGUUGGAUGAGGCGGCAGUGCAAGCCAAACCUGUCGAAAAUCCUGGCCAAGACAAUGCUAGUGACGAUGCCCCGUCUCUUGAGGCGGCUUUCAGACGUAGAGACUUCUACGGUGACACACCUGACGAUCGUUGUGCACUCCGCCGCCUGGGUUUCUUCACGCACGACACUGUCGUUAUCAGUUGCUGUAUUGUCGGUAGCAAUGACACUUCUGUCCAACACCUUAUUCUGGGGAGAAAUGUCGGAACUUUGGGGACUUUCAGUGGGGACGCACAGUUUUUGGUACAAACACUUUCACACCCUGUGGGCAGGAGCCAGAGACAAUUCGUCUAUUCAAGCAGGAUACGGUGUGAUCCUUUACGCCCGGUAUCAAAAAUCCUUCGUCGGAACACCCGUUCAACCUGCGUCACGUGGUCGCGACGCACUCACUAUAUGUAUCAACCAAGCACUUUUUUAGGAGACUCGGCAAACAGCCUUCCAGCCGACUAGUAGUUGGGUGAAUUGAGCGUCAGCCUGGGUACCCGGAAACGAGAAAUAGUUGCAUCUCGCAAGACCGUCUCGAACGCUAACCUCGGUGACCGGUGGUCCUUCUUAAGAAUGGCCUUUACAGCC